CGAUAAAGCAUUAAUGCAGUUAAUAGUGUGUGAGGUUUGAAUGUGAACGGAGGGAAAUUGAAACUCAGGAUGUCUUCAAAGAUGGAAAGGGAUGACGAGGUUAAUAUUCCGUUGAACCAGAUCGACACCCCCACGUUGCCCACUGUGCAGUAUUUUAGGAGCAUUUUUGAUAGGGCCGACAUCGACCACGAUGGGUUCAUCACAAUCCAGGAGCUCCAGACCAUGAGUGGCAGAAACAGCCUAACCGACGAGCCCAUCCCGACCCAUGUGGUCCGCAAAUUCCAGCAGACCGCCGACGCCAACCACGACGGCCGCCUAGACUACACCGAAUUCGUAAACAUGAUCAACGACCAGAAAGUUCACUCGAUUUUCGGCCGAUACGCAGUGGCGGCUCGUAAGCUUCUGGGGAGGAAGGGCAAAGACAAAAAAGAAAAUAAUAAUAAUAAUAAUAAUAAUAAUAAUAAUAAUAAUCUUCAUUUCCCAACAGAAGUGUUGAUAUUGCUUAGCAGCCGACAUCGACCACGAUGGGUUCAUCACAAUCCAAGAGCUCCAGACCAUGAUUCGCAGAAACAGCCUAACCGAAGAUCCCAUCCCGUCCCAUGUGGUCCGCAAAAUCCACCAGAUCGCCGACGCCGACCACGACGGCCGCCUAAACUACACCGAAUUCGUUAACAUGGUCAACGACCCGAAAUUUCGCUCGAUUUUCGGCCGAUACGUGACCAAGUACGUGAAUUUCGUGGUCCCCCGAAGGAAGCUA